AGCCGAGAGAGGCUCGCAGGUCGUUGUUUCGUUCAGUCAGUGUGUGGUGUUCUGCUGCCUCCUGCUGAGAACAGAGGCGAUCGUUCGCGACUUUCCUGCAAACGCAUUUAGAAACGAACCACGUUUACGCGAAGACAAUAAUGAUGUGCAGAGUGGGACAGUAGAAUCCUGAACUUUCUGAAGUGCUACUACUAUCUAGUAGUACCUUUGAUCUGGUGCGUUUGGUAGGAGGAGUUCCGAAGAAAGAUACAGUGGACAACGAUGACUUUUCACUCGAAAUGCAACAGGAGCAAGAUCUCUUUGCACAGCCUAGAAGCAGGCGGCAACAUGAAGCCGGCCUGGUAUGUUAAAAUGCCUAGAGAGGCGUCCGAUGAGGGACUGACGGACGGCAGCAAGGUGAGGUGUCCGGCGGCCGUCUCCCGCCUCCGGGUGGAGAAGAUCGACGGCGGCCUGAUGGUGGCGGGCGUCGUCGUCACAGCCAGCUGCCAGAUCAUCUUACCGAUCUUCGGUUUCCUUUUCCUACUCAUCGGUUGCGUUCUAACAGCUGCUUCGUAUCGGGGACCGGGUGAGAACGAGUUACCAGAUCACUAUGCAGAAAGGAUCGCAUUUACGGGCAACUCGAGGAUCCUGGGGCCGGCCUGCAUCGUGGUCGGUUUCAUCAUGCUCUUCGCCGGAGUCGUCCUCUACAUCCUGACGAGGAGGGCGAGACAAAGGGAACAGACCGUCGGAUUCCAUUGUCCGCUGCACGGCGACUUCUAUCCACUAAGCCCUGUGACCAGCUCAAAAACAGUCGCUGCCAUAGAGAAUGGGAAUAAGAGUUCGCUGUUCUGCUGGACGCGGCGAAGAGGACCCGGAGCCAUCGCCGUCGGCCCUCCGCAGUGUCCGCACAGUCAGGUGUCCAGCACCAGGAGCUCUUUGGCCAGUUCACCUCACAGCCAGUGUCCCACGCCGCUGCCUUUCCUCGUCAAUUCCGUUUCAUUUGGUGGCAUGGUACCAUCGGUAGCGCAGCUAUCGCCAGAUCAAACGUUCGGCUCAAUCAGGUCUUUGGCUGUUAGCAGAGAGGUGGCGAGUUUCCCCCUUUCCAGGACGCCGACGCCGCCCCCGACUGCCUACGAGAGUUUAGUAAAUCGAAAUCUAGUCCAGGUUCCGGACGAGGAGAAGCUGUUCAGUCCGGACAAAGAAGAAGCAAUCAUUAAUACUAGGAGCGGCGGCGGAGGCCCGAGGAAGUCCGUCUCGAUCGUUCUACCCACGGAAAUCACAGGAUGAUGAUAAAGAUGAAGAGAUGCGCGCAUAUUCAAAGAGCACGCUCUGCACGGUUACUGAAGUCUCAAAGAGUGGAAGAAACGAAAUCACGGCAACUAUAUAAAACCAGGACCAAAACUAAUUUUGUGUGCAUCGACGAGGCGCAGUAGCAUAGAAGAUAAAAAGAACAAUCAUUAGUGCAAGGAGAGAAACAAAAAAAAAUUGGAAGUUUAAAUUUGUUAAUUAGGGACUUAAUUAAUUUGACGGAAACAUCACGCGCGCGGCGUUGUUCGAUUUAAGGGAUUUUCUUUGAUUUUUUAUUCAAAAAUCAUUUUCCGAUUCUUUUUGUUUAUUACCGUCGAUCAUUUGACGGGACACGAGGUGAGAUAUUCGUUUCCGCGUUGGGAGAAGAGAAGAGUGGUUGUGAUCGAAUGAUAUUUUAGAUUUAUUGUUAGGAUUUUAUUAUUACUUUGUUUCUUUUCAUUUAGAAGACUGAUCUUAGGAGUUCUCCCAUGCACACCUACCUAUACACAUCUUACCAGAUAUAUACAUUAACACAUUCACAGAACCAAACGUCGUUCGAACAUAAUUUA